AUCCUACACAUGACGCCAAAAUAUCUACCAGCCAGAUCUAAUGUUUUCAUUCCCUCUCCUUUGAUCCAAAUUCAUGAUUCGCUCUCUAUAACGCAUGGCAGUUCUGAGGGGGCGUAAGAGACCUAACAGAUCUUGCUGAGCAAGAUGGUGGAGCCAGGUGCUGUCCAUGAUAGGAGUACAGGUCCCUCAACUCUACCGUUCGCGUCCUCGUCCAUCAGCGCUCGACCGGCUUCGUCUACGGUACUCACCACUUUCCCAGCGGCUUUUGACGAUGAGCCAGAGACUGGGGUCAUCCCUACAUUCCUAUCAAGGGUCAAGAACACGUUUGCAUCGUCUAGUGCGCCGGUGUCAUCCAGUGCGAAUAUCAACAAGACUUUGGACAAAGCCAAGGAUGUCGUUACGCGCACACCGCUUAUCAAAGUGGACUCCAGUGGAUCUACGACUCAGACGGAAGCUCAGGCCAUAGCUGAAGCUGCCAAAGCCCGGUCAACGCAGACUCGAAAAUCAUCAAUGGACGAUCAACCAGUUUCAUCAAACCUUCGACCACCCAUGCACUCUGCCAGUAGCUCUGUAUCUCUCACUCCGUCCGUCGCUUCUAGCACCAGACGCUUGGCACCGCCGGGCGAAUGGAGGCCUACCACAGCUACUACUGCGCAGGUGUCUGUAUCUCCCAUCACCAGUGUCACUACGACUGUCCAAGCUUCAGGUCACAAGACGUCUUCACCUCCCAUUCGCGAACGGCGGCCUUCAAUCUCGAGUCCCCAAUCGGCUCGAGCAUCAAAAGCGCACUUUGGUCUGCAGGCAGCCAUGGCCCAGCGCGCUGCGAGUCCUCAUCACUAUCAUCCUGGUCGCCCUGCGAGUGUCCUUGGCCCUACCGGCGCCAGGCUUCGACGCUCAUCCAUAGCGACCCUUCCGGAUUCCCCAUCCUCCAUCUCGCUCUCCGCAAUGAUAGCUGCAAAUGCGGAGCUCAGUCAGAACUUCUCGAAUGUCCCUGGUUUCGCUCUAGGCGGAGACGAUACCAGGAGCGUCAAGAGCUUGGGACUCGUCAAAAAGUCUCAUAGCGUGAGCAGACUGAUCCGGCGGAUGAGGGGAGAAGGCUUAAGCAAGCAUUAUUGGAUGGCGGAUGAGCACUGCAAGGAAUGCUACGACUGCAAAUCUAUCUUCACUACAUGGCGCAGGAAGCAUCACUGUCGGAUCUGUGGGCAAAUCUUCUGCAGUCGCUGUGCAUCCAAUAUCAUAGGAGCCCGACGUUUUGGUCAGGAUGGCGCGGUUCGAGUCUGUAAUCUCUGCUUAAAGAUCAUGGAGGAGUAUAAGGACGAUGAUGAUGACGAUCGCCGUUCGAUCAAUUCCAUAUCGACGUCUUUCCGACCGGCGAGCAUCUCUGACCGGGCCUUUCUCGACGCUGCAAUAUCGCCAGAAUUCGGACCUUACUCAAAGUCCCCUUUUGCCGCCAGCCAGCUCUUCUCCUCGCAGCCCAAUGAGAACCUUGGUGCAAUCUAUGAGAGCGUGCCGGAACGUUUCAGCAGACCGCUUACUCCGGCUGACCUGGAGGGAGACUCUGACGAGGAGGAUAUGUGGACGUCUCGCCCUCAGACCGCCGCUCCUUUUCGACGACCCAUGGAUGAAGACGCCAAGCAUAGCGAGCACCAGCGAGAAUCAUCAGAUCCUUCCUCAGUUGUCUGCUCUCGAAAUUUGUCGGCGCCCCAGGGUCUGACCCGGAAUGACUCUAGCGGUCCGCCAAGUCGAGACGAGGUGGUUCGAGGUCACGGACGUCGAGUGGCCUUCCCGCGGACCGAGACAAUCUCCACGGACGGCGGGGAUGGUACGGAUUCUGCGCCUUUAAUUGGACUUCGGACGAGACUGAGCUCACGAGCCAGUCAAGGUGGACUAACAGCUCUUCUUGACCCCGAAAAGGGCGAAGGUCUCUGGCGUGCAAGGUCACACUCGUUUGCCCACCGCCAAGAGGCUCUAUCAGGAGCUAGCCUCCGGCAUUUCAUGCUCAUUCUAGAACAAGCCAUCGAGAGGGCCAAAUUGCCUAAUCCCGGCGAAUGGCACCGAGUGCUCAGCAAACUCUUACUCAAGGUAUCUAGCAACCUAGAUCCCAAUGUCCGAGCUGGAGAUUCAAUCGAUGUUCGAGCCUAUGUAAAGAUCAAGAAAGUCCCGGGCGGGAAGAUUAGCGAUUCAGACUAUGUUGACGGUAUCGUCAUAACUAAAAAUGUCGCUCAUAAAGCCAUGCCACGACGUCUAGUCAACCCUCGAAUCAUGGUUGUCACCUUUCCGCUGGACUACCAUCGGAUUGACAAUCAGUUCAUGUCCCUGGAUCCCAUCCUGGCGCAGGAAAAGGACUAUCUCCGGCUAUUGACGCGGCGUAUCGUCGAUGUCCGGCCGCAUAUCGUUCUUGUGCAGCGUUCAGCGUCCCGUAUAGCCCUUGACUAUCUAUUGGAGGCGAACAUCGCCGUUGCUAGGAGCGUCAAAUUGUCCGCUAUCCACCAAGUGGCAAGGUGUACUCAGGCCGAUGUCGUCGCAUCCAUGGACCGUCUUGCCCUGGAACCUCGCCUGGGACGUUGUGCCGAAUUCCAGAUCCAGUCCUUUGAGCACGACCUCAUCCCAGGCAGGCGCAAAACUCUCAUGCGCUUUGAAGGCUGCCAUAGGGAUUUAGGCUGUACCAUCAUCUUACGAGGGGGAGACCUGGAUACCUUGAAGAGGGCAAAAAUUGUAACCGAUUUCAUGGCGCUAGUAGUCUGCCAUCUGAAAAUGGAGAUCACCCUUUUCAACGAUGAGCACAACACUCUCCCUCCGAGCCCUCCGCUUUCGCCCGAGUAUCUCGAUCUAUUGUCCACUUUGGAUCCCCAGGUGGAAGCGUAUCAGGAUCGGCAAGCGGAAAAGGAUGAAGAUGCUCAAAAGACCAGGGACAUCGCACUGACACUUCAGCCAUACCUGCGGACUGUCUUGUCCGCGUCUGCUGCCAUUCGCUUUCCGCCGCCCGCUCCUCUCGCUCGCAUGGCAGCACUUGACCAGAAACUGCACGCGUUACGUAGGAGCCUGGAAGAGGCAGUGGCUGCGAAAAUCCUGGAGGAGGAGCAGAAGAAGGAGACUGAGGAGCCCGACCAGUCUUCUGCUAUAUCUACGAUGCCCAGAGAUGCGGCCAAAGAUCCAUACCGCGUUCUCAACAACCCGGAAGAAGUCCAGCGACAAUCCGCCAUCGCUCAAGUCGCCUACGAGCAUGCUGAACAGUACAAGCUGUGGCGUUGGUAUACUAAGAGACAUUCGCCUUCACUCCGUCCUGAGGAUUUUCAAGGCAUGCUGUACCUGUAUUCUUCGGGCUGCGAAGGCGCCGACAAACCCUGCGUAGAUCCUAUCGUUCAGGCGAUCAAUUACUAUCAGGAAGACGACUUGACGGUAGGUCAGUACCUUGAGGGCAUGGCUGCGGAUGCUAUCAAGCGUUGUUCCAACAAGAACUGUGAUCGGCUUCAACUGUUCCACUACCGUCUUUUGGUACAUGGCACUCGUCGUCUCCAAAUCGCUAUGGAUCAAUUCCCCUGCCCUUCUCCGGGCCAUGAAGAGUCGAUCAUCACGUGGAGCUAUUGUCGCAUCUGCGCGGAUCCCUCACCGACUACGAUCUUGAGGGAGGAGACAUGGAAACUGUCUUGGGGAACGUAUCUCGAACACUGCUUCUAUCCACCUGAGAUGUCUGCGGGCUUCAAAUGCCCGCAUGAUGCUUUCCGAGACCAGAUCAGAUAUUUCGCCCAUCGUAAUCUAGCCAUACGGAUCCAUAACGAGCAAAUCGAUCUGUACGAACCGGUGCGACCUUCUAUCUCACUUCAGUCGAGAGCGGAGACCAAGGUUUUACUCAAGAACCAGGAGUACGAGAGCGCUCUCCAGAAGAACACUGCAUUUUUCGACUCUGUCUUGUUCAGGCUCAGAACAUUCGAUUGCGACAUCGUGCAGCCUGAGAAAGUCGCCUUGUUGAAAGCAGCACUAGAAGGGAUGCUCGCCCGUGCCGUUGCUGACCGAGAAGAAAUGGUCAACUUGUUAAAUCGGACAUACAAACUUACGGAGCUGACAGACGUCCUCGCGCUCAACAUGGUCCUACGCGUUCUGCAAGACAAGGUCGUUCAAUGGGACCAGGAUUUUGCAGACAUCGAGAAGGCUUUCAUGCCAUCCGAAAAGGAUCUCAGGCGGAUGACGGCAACGCAUUUGAAGAGGCUAUUUGCAAAUCAAGACGCAUUUGGAUCACUGAAUGUCGCGGGCAUGACAGUUUCGGAGGCCGAUGAGAAAGAGUCCAAGACCGAGGAGAGUGCGAAUGAGAACGAAAAGGACGAAAAUGCCGACACCAGUACUCCAAUGGCAGCCCCUUGCCGCGAUCUGGACGGAGCACCGCCAGACAGCGGCGAAGUGACGCCGCUUGUCGGACUUUUCGAGCCUGCCCCGGAACCUACUCCGUCCGACGCUCCUGUGGGAUCUAGAGACUACGACAGUGACUCCACAAUUUCUGCCUUGAAGCGAGAUUCGCCAAGGCGAACAAGAGUGCCUUCCAUUGACAUCUCCGUGGUGCAUGAUACAGACUUUGUAUCGCGGUUGCCUCGACGGGCGCAGCCAACUGCUAGCGUGGCCGAUAUGAUGAAGCGAUUCUCGGAGACUGCCGAUGCUUCAUCUUCGAACCGUCCCUGGCCAGGUCGCAUGCACAACCACCAGUUGGGAAGCGAGAGCGAAGCGGAUAGCGUCGCACCGCGUCCAAAGUUGCGUCGCGGACGGACAGAGCAAACCUUCACUCGCCACAAGGAGGCAGCUCGACUUGGGGCCAUGUCAGACAACGACAAGAGCUAUGCCGCGAAUGCGUCCCGAAUUCCGUCUGUUCAAGGACGUAAAUUCGAUGCAGAGCCAUGGGGCUCAUCUCGCCCUCGUCCGUCGCUCACUGCUCCACCUACUCCUCCCAGAUCUGGUCGCGCGUCGCCUAAUCUGCAGCCGCCGACGACAUCUCGAGCCUCGAUCAAGGGCAAGAGCCCGAGAUCAGGGGAUUCCGUAUCGUCGGGUCGCGCGUCCCCUGCGCCCAUGAUGAUCAAGACCGCCACAAGACGGUCUUUUGCCACUUCGAACCGAGUCACAUCGAUUGCGAGACACUUUGACCGGAUCUCGCGAGAAGCUGAACGCGAACGACAGAAGCGUUUGUCAGCUGUGCGAGGCAAACGAGCUCGACCGGUCAGCGUAACCAAAGCCAAAGUUCAAGUGUUCUCCAAUCUCCGAGAUGCGUUCAAAGAUGAAUCAGACACCGAUUCAUCCAAUGCGGGUGACGAAGAAGAUGAAGGUGAAGGCUCUCCCGGCAGUGAUGGCGAAUCGACAGGGGGCGGGUCCCCUGAAAGGCAUUCAAAUCCCUCUCGAAGAUCAUCCACUCGACGAAGAUCAACUGCCGGCAAAGCUGAUAUCCCGGAGAUGACACCCGUGAAUCCAUCGAGCUCCCUGGAGACCAUGGACUCAGCCUCGUCAGAUGCUCUGCCUGUAUCUGCGUCAUCGUCGAUGGGAGAGGGUCUGAGCGAAGCCAAAUCGGAGAUGUCUUUCACUGAACGCCUUCAAAUCGAGCUGCCGACUUUCGAAACCAGCGCUCCAUUGCCCAGCGUGCCUGUCACUCCUCAGAUGUCUACUGACACGGCAGAGGACAACAAGUCUGCCAUCUCGUUCUCCCAGGUCUCUGACGGCGAACUCACGUCUGGAGGCGAGAGGUCUUCCAUCUUGAAGACCCUCACCGGACUCUGGGCCUUCCGCGCCGGCGACUACAGUCCAUUGGAAUAUCCAUUAUCCGCUGCCGAACAUGUGUUCGCCGAUUCAAAGGUCAUUGUUCGAGAAAACGAGCCGACAAGUAUUAUUGCGUUCACACUCAGCUCCAAGACCUACCGGGACAAGAUGCGGAACAACAUUUUUGAACGAGGCACUCGCAAGCUGGAGUCGUUCAUGCCUGAGGAUACGGGAGAAAAGUCAACGUGGGACAUCGUCUCGAUGGAUGACGCUCUCGAAGGAGAAGAUACCGCGCGAUCAGAUGAAGGCUCGCAUUUGAAAUACGACUUUGAGUCUGGCUCUUCGACGAUUUUCUGCCGCAUAUUCUUCGCAGAAAAGUUCUCCCAACUGCGCGAGGCCUGCGAAUGCGAGACGAGUUUUGUGGAAUCGCUGUCGCGCUGCGUGCAGUUCGAUGCAUCCGGAGGUAAAUCCGGCUCUGCCUUUCUCAAGACCAAAGACGAUCGAUUUAUCGCGAAGGAAAUCUCUCGUCUAGAGAUGGACGCAUUGACAAAGUUUGCACCAGCAUACUUUGAUUACACCCGGAACGCCAUCAACGGCCAACGUCCCAGUGCACUGGCCAAGAUAUACGGGUUUUUCAAAAUCGGAUAUCGGAACGGCGUGACAGGUCGGUCCAUGCGGAUGAACGUCUUGGUCAUGGAGAACCUUUUCUACGAGCGAAGGUUUUCAAAGAUUUAUGAUUUGAAAGGAAGCACACGAAACCGUCUCAUCGUGCCGACCGGCCGAGUCAACGAAGUCUUGCUCGAUGAGAAUCUGAUGGAGAUUGCUUAUAAGCAUCCUCUUUACCUUCGAGAGCAUUCAAAGAGGAUACUGCGUUCCGCACUGUUCAACGACACUCUAUUCUUGUCGAACCUGAACGUGAUGGAUUAUUCGUUGGUCGUUGGAGUCGAUAGUGAACGACAUGAACUGGUGGUCGGAAUCGUAGAUUACAUUCGAACAUUUACAUGGGACAAGAAGCUGGAAUCUUGGGUCAAGGACUCGGCUUUCCUCGGCGGAGGAGGCAAAGGUGAACCGACGAUCGUGACGCCGAAGCAAUAUAAGAAUCGGUUUAGAACGGCCAUGGAGAAAAGCUACUUUCCUUCUGUCCCGGAUAGGUGGAGUAAGCUGGGUGUAGAGGAGAUGGCCAACGAGGAAGACGCCACUUAGGAAAGAAAGAAGAGUUGUUUGACGAGAGAGACAGUGUACAACAGCCUAGAGAGAUACAUCUGAUGCCCCCGUUAUGCCUUUAAUGUCGUCUAUCAAUCUAGAUUUCUUGUAGAAACUACUGUACAACCGAACCCUGAAUUGGGCAAAAUGACAUUAUGAUCGUCCCAUUUGCUCUCUUUCUUCUGCCUCUCUCAUCAUAUCUGUACAGAU